AUGAGAUUGGAAUGUACAAAGCAGCUGAAUCACACGAGGGUUGGAAAGCACAGCGUACGCUCUGCUUUUGGUGGUUUGGAAAUACUUUCUUUAACACCUGGUUUCACAACGAAGCUCGACUUAAAAUCGAGUGGGAAAGUAUAUCGUACCGAAGGAGGGGACAGAGAAUCGAUGAACUUGGAGCCACAGUCAGAUAACAAUGAAAUAACGAACUUCCCCAAUCUCUGCACGAAAACAUUUUUCAAUUCACGUUCGACACAAAUGAUACAAAAUACAAAUAUCAAUCGCACUUUUGUUGCAACGAGACAUGUACUUUUGCUUGCCAUUUUCAGCAAGGUGCCAGCUUUCUUGAACGUCGUGGACAUCGCCGGGUUGGUGAAAGGGGCAUCGGAGGGGCAAGGCUUGGGAAACAGUUUCCUGUCGCACAUCAACGCCUGCGACGGAAUUUUUCACCUUUGUCGAGCAUUCGACGAUGACGAUGUGACCCACGUGGAAGGAGACGUGAAUCCCGUGAGAGAUCUCGAGAUAAUCAGCGAGGAACUACGACUGAAAGACAUCGAAUUUUUAAACGGGCAUCUCGAAAAGCUGGAGAAGCUCGUUGUCCGAGGCAACGACAAGAAACUCAAGCCCGAAUACAGUGGGUGGAUAAAAACGAUCCAGGAGCUGUUUUAAUCCCAUUCAGCGGAGUUUUUGAGAACAAACUACUCGAUAUGGACGAUGCAGAACGUGCGAAAUAUUUAGAAGAAAACAAAGUUACUAGGUGGGUAAAAUUGUCUAUAAUUUAUUGCCCUACAGACCACGGAUUUUUAUCCAAUACAGUUAAACUUUGAGCCUAAUAGAGCUACUUUUGUAGCUUUAAGUAAGCUACUAAUUAAUGAUCACAAGUAAGAUUAUAAUAAUCUUCUUCAACGUCAUAUAUUACAAUUUAUAACUUUUUUCCUUAUCAUACAUAUUUGGAGUAUUUCUAAUUAAUACCUGAUAGCGAUAUAAAAAAAACUUCUGGAAGUACAUACGUUAUUCGUGAAAUUUAAAAAUCCACUACUUCAACAUUUUCUUGAACGCGUUAUCUUCGGACAUGCAAUCUUCUAUACAAAUACUCAAUAUGUAGAUUGUACUAUACAUGUAAAUUUUCAGCAAAGAAAACCACCGUUUCUAUAUCCAAACUUAUACUUUGUCUUGCAGAAUACCACCAAAUUUUAUAAGGAAAAUCGUUUUAAUUGAAAAGAAGAAGCCUGAGUAG